UAUGUGAAAUUAGAAUUUAAAGGCACGACCUGUUUUGUCUUCAGCUUCGGUGCGUUCGCUAUGCGGUGCGUUGCUGUACUCGUCGUUACGUUGUUAAUAACAGUUGAGGCAUUGAAUAAGUGCGUUAAACGCCCAUCGCAAGAAACAGGACAGGACGAUGGACAUUAUUGCGUUUGCAAUGCAACGUACUGCGAUGAAGCUCCAGACGCGACCAAACCAUUCCGCACUUCUGCCAGAUAUGCUCUCAUAACUUCGAGCAAAAGUGGCUUGCGAUUUCAUAUGUCAAACGGUAUAUUUAGAAAAGAUAUAUCAAGAGACAAUGUCGACGGAAGAAUUAUCAUCAGACGGAGAGAGAACUAUCAAGAAAUUUUGGGGUUUGGUGGAGCAGUGACCGAUUCAGCAUGUCUAAAUAUCCUGAAGUUAACUACAAAUGCAUCCGAUAAUUUGUUGCGAAGCUACUUUGGUCAGAAUGGUAUUAACUAUAAUAUGCUCAGAGCACCAAUGGGUGGUACGGAUUUCUCAACAAGACCAUAUUCUUAUGCAAUGGUACCAAACGAUACAACGCUUGAACAUUUCGAAUUACAAAUGGAAGAUAUCGUUUACAAGAUACCGGUAAUAAAAAGAGCACAACAAAUGAAAAGGCAUAAGAUUAAAUUACUGACACUACCGUGGAGCGCUACUCCUUGGAUGAAAACAGUUGACACUUGGACCUGGAACAGUUCACUGCGCUCGGAAUAUCGACAACUAUGGGCAGAUUAUUUCGUAAAAUAUAUUGCGGCAUAUCAGCGUGUCGGUAUACGAUUCUGGGGUUUGUCGUCUCAGAACGAACCGAUGAACAACUUAUAUAUUCAACCAGACUCACUUCUUAACGGAAUGCACAUGACCGCCGAGGAAGAACGCGAUUGGAUUAUCGAUUAUUUGUGGCCAACACUGAAGAAGAAUAAUUUCCAUCACAUCAAGAUCUUUAUAAUGGACGAAAACAGACUAGUGCUUCCGUCUCGGCCGAGAAAAGUGUUUAAGAAAGCAGAAGCUCGUAACAUCGUUUCGGGAAUCGCGGUUCAUAUGUACUUUGACUAUAAAGUCAGUCCGAUUGUCCUUGAUGAAGUAAAGCAAGAUUAUCCUGAGAAAUUGAUACUUAUAACAGAAGGCUGCGUCGGAGUUCAUGACGAAAAAAAGGUGAUUCUCGGCUCGUGGAGACGCGGUGAGUUCUACGCGCAGAACAUUCUCGAAAAUCUGUCGCAUUGGGCGUCAUCUUGGAUUGACUGGAACAUCGCCUUAGAUACAAACGGUGGGCCCACUUAUACCGGCAAUAACGUAGAUUCGCCGAUCAUAAUCAACGUUACAGCCAACGAGUUUUACAAGCAACCGAUAUUCUACGCUAUUGGACAUUUUUCCAAAUACGUUGUACCUGGUAGCGUGAGAAUCGGCACAAUAUUAGAAAAUCUCGAAAAAGGAAUUCAGAGUGUCGCAUUCUUUACACCUGACCACGGCAUAGUAUUAGUGAUUUUAAAUAUGGACGAAGAGGAUAAGGAAAUUUUGAUCGAAGAUCCUAAGAAAGGAAUAGCGAGAUUAAAUGUUUUGGGCAAAUCCAUAAACACGAUGAAAUAUUGGUAGAGACGUGAUACAAAUAAUUUCAAUAAGAAGUGCGUCUAUAGAAGACUAACAAUGGUAGCAAUUCACACACAAAUCACAAACACUGGAAAAACAAUUAAACAAAGACUUGUUAAGUAACCACAGUUUUGUUAAUAUUGUUUUUUUAAUAAGUUUUCAAAGUUUUUUUUUUAACAAGCUUUUUCCGUUCAUCGAUACGUACUUUGACAAAAAAGUGUAUUUAUUUGGUUGGUAAAAAAUAGUUCUCAGUCAGUAUUGAGAAAUGUUGUAGUAUCUCUUUGGUGACUGGAUUUUGUACUUCUCUACUGUAAUAAUAGGAAACUUUGCUUUCGUAUGUAACCACCUCCAGUGGUGAUGUGAUUUUUGAGUAGCUUUUAUUGACAUGGACUAUGAGACCUAUUUUUUGUUUUUUUUAUGACUUUAUUAUUGUUUUAAAAUUAUAAAUUAAGUAUUUCUUAUUACUGUAUUAAGGUACAACAAAUUACAGAUGUUUUAUAAAACAAAAAACACAUUAUAGAUUGUAGAAAAAAGUUUAGUGAAAACUACUUUCCUACAAAAUAAGUCAUAAUAUCUUUUUUUUAUUAAAGUGAAAGGAAAGUGGAAAAAAUGCCAAACAUACAUUAUCAACAUAGUUCUUUGAAACUAUGUUUUAUCUACCAUUAAAAUAAACUAAAUUUAUUCAUUU